AGAAAGCGUGGUGCCAUAGAAAUUGAAUUUGAAACCAAAUAAAAAUAUCAUAGCUAGGGCAUUGUUCCUGUUUAUUCCGCUCAUUUUCAUCGUCAAUGCACGAGUUGAGCGCAUGUAUUUUCAAGGAACACAGCUGUAGUGUGAGCGUCCAUUGUUUUUUGGCAGUUCAGUUUACGGAAGCAGGCACGUGAUGUUCUUUCGCUAAACGAUGGAUGUCGACGAUUCUUAUCCUGGUUCAUUUUCGUUCACCAGCAACAGGCCCGUUGACAGUACUUCAUCAAACAACAACAACCUGAGCCUCCUCAAGGUGACGCCCGGGAGUCUCGUGUUCUCCGCCUUUCAACCUUGUGGACCAGCAGCAGCGGCUAGCGGAACGUCAAGUUCUACUGUUUCUGCUGCAGCGGCCGCACCAUCUAAUGUCUUCGUGUCUACUGCUCCGAAACAGCAGGCACGUACACUGAUUCUCGAAAACGUUUCAGAAGACGCGCCUAUCGUCGAUCUGGGAAUUGCGGUCGUCACGAACAGUGACCGGUACGAGAUCUCUAUUGAAAGUGAAAAAAACUACUGCAGCUUGGAGGUCUCCGCGACUGGGGAACAGAAAAACCGAACGACUGUGAUGUAGUCAGCACAUCAAAUCCAAGCGUUACUAGUCUGUAAAAGGAAAGAAAGGUUGUCAUGCAUACAUCUACAUUCGUUAUCGUUAUGCAAUACAACACAUCUUCGCCACAUGAGAACCACAAGUGUCCAACCCGUAGUUUUAUUCCACCGGAUACCCUUACCUUCCCCGGUGAUCAAGGUCCUCCAGCCGCGGGAGAAGAGGAAAAUUACCGUGGUUUGUCAUGCGCAAGCAGGAGUAGGACAUCAAGGGUUGUCGUGUCAAGGCAAAGUACAACCGCAGAACGGUGCGACCUCCCAGUCCCAACCGAAGAAGGACAUCCUGCAAUUUAAAACGGAUUACUUCACGCAGAAGCUCUUCGUUUUCCACGACACAGCAUCAUCUGGUGGCACGACGAGCACUAAUAGUACUACAUCAGGCGGCGCAAGAACAUCUUUAGUACGAGCUUCCUCUGGUUCGGGUUCUAAGCCGGCGGAGGGUCUUCAACAAGAACAGGUCGAUUCUAAUAUCCACAACGAUGGCGCGGCUGUUGUAUUCCCCGAUCAAGUUGUAGAAGGUCGUGAAGGGAAGCAAGUGAACUACAUGACAACUUCUCCACCUCCGCCAACGAAUGUUAUUAACGAGGCACCGCACCAGCACCAGGAGGAAGUAAGUUUCGGGAAUCCUGAGACUCUGGUACAGGAAAUGGAAGCGAUGGAGGAUGUGGCCCUCCAUGGACGACACACGACGACCCGAAGUCGCUCCGUGUCGCCCUGCACACGACCAGGAACGGCGAGUGCGACAGGUGCAGCACAAAAAUCUUCGUCAAAUCAUAAUCUGAACAACGGUAAUAUCAAAGCUAGAAGUGGAAGCGCAUCGAGGACUCCUGCUUCUUCGAAGAUAACAUCUGCACUGAACCACGACAAAAACAAUUCCAUGAUGUUCCGGACCAGCAGCAGUUCUCCGCGCUUCCAGUCGGAGAUUUGCCAAGCACUGCGCGAACGGGUGCAGAUGCUAGAGCGGGAGUUGGAAGUGUGCAACAAUUUUGGAGGGGCACCAAUCGUGAAGAACGGGAAAAUGAUCAUAAACGAUAGAGCAAGUAGUCCUGGUGGUAUACCACCGUCUUCUUUUCCUUCAACCAAACAGAAAAAGGAGUACGAGCUGGAGAUCAUCAAUUUGAACUCCGAGAUUGAGCAGCUGAAGCAAUGGAAGCAGUACUCUGUUACGAUUGAUUCCAAACUGACCGAGUUGAACUCCGAGUGGUCCGAAUUUGUGGAACUUCGGCAGCAAACGGACCUGAAGCAGAUGGAGAUCCAGAACGAGAUAUUGCAUGUCAAAACGUCCCCACCCCAGAGUCAAGAUAGUGAGUUUGCUACACAAAACCAGCAUAUUUUUGCUGGCGCGCAUGACAAAGUUUGGGCUCGCAGUGUCAUCGCAUUUAGCUAUGGUAGCUGCAUCGCAAAUCGAUCCCCUUAUGCUGAUUCUAGCAUGACAAACUGCCAGACAGCAUUAUUUGCAGAAUGCUUCUCGCGGGGCCCUGCAUGACAAACGUUGGAGGCUUGCAGAUUUGCAUGACAAGAGCUAUGGGGUGGGGAGGUCUUUCCUCAGGAUACGAGAAGGUUUUGAAAAUUCUCCAGUUGAAGGAUAAAGAGAAGGAGGAUUUGGAAUUUGAAAAAGACAAAAUGAUAUCAAAUGCAAGUAUGUCUGGGUCUGGAAACUUGUGAUGCUGAGUUGUGAGUAGUGAAUGCUCUGUAAUGCACAGCCAAGCAUGAGAAAUAUUUACGCGACUCAGUGUUCCGCUUUCUGCAUGACAAACUACGGUUUUGCAUGACAAGCAGAGCGCUCUCGUCUUGGAUACGCAACACAAACUCUUCAGCUAUGCCAGACAAGCAUGACAGACCUUGCAUCCUUCCAGACCCACACACAUUCGCAGUGCAUAAAUGAAGAAGCUGUACGAAAUGAAGGCGACGGAGUUGGCGAAGUGCGAGCAAUAUCGUGUGCAAAAGUAUCGUACUCGUAUUGCAAUCAUGCGUAUACAAAUCUUUUUCGUAAUGUAAAUCAGCAUUACAAAUUUAUAUGUCUCAUGCUGAGGAAAUUUGCAAAUUUAUACGAGUCCGAUUCCGAGCGCGAUACUUUUGCAGUUCAUAAGCAACGACAGCAGGAGAUGCUUUUGGAUUUACAAGAACUCGAAAAAUUGCGCGUGGCGGAAAAGGACUUUGUGUUGAAGCAGAAGGAGAAGAUGAAACAGUUGGAUGAGGAAUUCCACGCAGAAAAAAUCAAAAUCGAAGAAAAAACGAAAAAAGACGCAAAAGAAUCCUUCGACGCGGAUUUGGAAAAGAAAAAGAAGCAAUUUUCGAAAAAGGAGCAAGAACUAACCUCGGAAAUCGAAAGACUGAAAGCCUUGAACAGUAAUGCGGGCACGGAAAUUCAAAAACUGGUGCGGGAAAUGGGGGAAAAGGAUGACCAAAUCGAGAAAUACCUCCGAGGCUUUCGCAUGGAAGAAGCAGAAGCUGCUGUGUCGAAGGAGCAAAACAUCAUGUCACCUUUAUCUCCGUCGAAAGUUAUAGCGGCAGGCAGUUGUAGCAGUAUCAGCAACGCGAUGCUGAUUGAAGAGCAAACGAAGCUGAAGGAGGAAGUGAGCCGGCUGAAUAUCAUGAGGCAAAAUCAACCCUCCCCAUGUCGAAAAGAAAACUUGUGAUGCUGAUUUGUGACCACAAAUCAGCUCUGUCUUGCAUCUGGGGCAAAUGGGAGCCGUUUGGCGCAUUCCACAGCCAAUCUGUGAAGCGCUUUUGCAUACUGCAAAGGUGUCUGCCAUGCCCAACUGCUAAGUAGCCUGUUGCAUACCCAAUCAGGCUUAGAAGGAAGUGCCUCCAAGCGCCUUCUGCAAUACAGCGCUGAUUUGAGUACAGAAAUCCAGCAACAGAAAUUUCCUUCGUUCUAUGGGGUGGAGGCUUUUUUCACUUUGAUACUGAAACUCGCUUUAGAAAAGUCGCAGGAAGAUUUGGCAGCCAGCGAGCGGCUGCUGGAGAAGCAGUUUUUGGAGAUGGACAAGAAGGAAGAGGCUAUUCAAGGUGGCGCUGAGAGGACGACAGAAGUUGUAACAGAAUCAGCAGUGCUGAAAAGGAACCAAAAAGAUGAACCCUCGCAAGAACACACCACUAACAGCGGCACCAUCGCGGACUUGAAGCAGAUCGCGUCUCUGAAAUCCGAGCUGUCGAAAUCCGAAUCAGCGAAGGAAACUUUGGAACAAACUGUGGCCGAGUUGGAACAGAAGUUAUCCGAAAUCAAAUCCGAUAAGCUCUUCGUGAAGGAAAAGUUAGACGUGUUUACCGAAUGCAAAAAUGUCUGGGUCUGGAAGGAUGUAACUUGUGAUGCUACCUUUGGACUCUACAUAAAAUCUGUAUUGCAUGAACAGCAAAAGAGCUGUAAUUUGUGCUCCGCGGAGGGAGCAUUUAUCGUGCGGUAUGAGCAUCAGGAAGGCGUCGCAAAAUCUCUGAUGCUAGGGCAUGCAUCACGGACCUCAUGCGUCAUGCAAAAUCUGCAUGACGCACUCCUGCAUUCUUCCAGACCCAGACAUUUUUGCAAUCCAUAGUGUUUGAAACGAAGCAAUCUUCAGCCUGUAGCACGGAGACGCAAACGCCAGACACGUUUUGGAAAGAGGUGGAAACCUUGCGGGAAAAAAGUAUAAUUCCGAUUGAUUUUAUUUUUCGAGUUUAAGUGCUUUGUCAUGCUCGGUAGAAACGUGCUUUCGCGAACCUAAACGUCGAAGAUGCUGUAGUUCUGUUGAAAAGUUUAUUCCACGUUGUAAAUAAGUCUCUCCUCAUCCUCUUCACUGCAGGUAUCCAAUUAUCGUACGAAAAAAGUGUUUCACUGUAAGGAUUUUGCAAGUUUUGCAUCACAAGUUCGUCCUACAUCACAGAGAAAAUUUGCCAUGCGAGAUUCCUAAGGGAAAACACGGCUAAAAAUCCAUUGUCUUGCAUGUGUAGCAAGACAAACACUUCUCAGAUGCAUUUUCUGCAUUACAAGUUUGCAGUGAAACAGUUUUUUCUUGCGAUACCAAUCCCUCGCCUACGAGUUUCAACUGGAGCGGACUUCCCUGGAGCAGACCAUCACCGAUCUGAGACUGGACCUCACGGCCCUCACAGCCUCGUUCGAGAAAAAACUUCACGACGCGGAAAACGACUUGAAAUCGCAGCAGAAAGAAACGGAAUUAAUCAACUUGGACUUCAAGCAGCUGCAAGAGCAAGCGGAGUUGGACUUUCAAGAGAAUCAGGAUGCGAAGGAAUUGUUGGAGGAGAAACAAAAUCAAUUACAGCAGGAACUGAAGCAUGUCCUAGAACAAACCGCGGAGAAGGAGAAGAGUUUUAUGGCAGAAAAGGUGAAAUUGCAAGAAGAAAACAGGAAGUUCGAAGCCAAACUCCGCGAACGGCACGGACAGCUGUGUGAGGCGCUGGCAAGCUUGGAAGCGGCGACCAACGUUGCAGGAAUUAUCAGAAGCUCUUCAUCUUCCGGAGGACCUGCUUCCGCUGCGCUAGCUGGUCCUGUGGUCAGAAAUGCAGCUGGUACGAACAACAAUAAUUCUAUGACCGCGGAAGAGAAGAAGCAAGAGCAAGACAAUUCGCUGCAAACACCCACGAUGGACCUGCGCGGCGGCGGGGGCAACGCAACCUACGAAGAUGAGAACAAUGUAGAGAUGAAUUUGCUAAAUUUCGAGAACAACACUGAUUGCAGCGCGAACUACGGAGCUCCUGCUGGUGCAACUGCAGUUGGCGGACUUGUACUACAGCAAGCAUCUCUAGAACACCAGCAGUACCAACUCGGUGAUCUUCUCCGUCGAUUAUCCGAAUUAACUGCGAAAAACCUGGCGUUUACGAAAAAGCAGCUCACCCAGGAUUUGGAAUUAACCCAGCUGAAAGACGAAUACGAGAAGAAAGUGACAAUCUUAACAGUUGAAGCUGAAAGCGCGAAAAAAGCCAAAUCGGACUUGCGGCUUUUCCAAGCUCGGGAGGAAACAACAACAAAGCAGACUGUGAAAUCGCUCCGGAAGGAAAUAUCGGAGUUGAAGAAAGAGUUGAAGAAAUCGGAACAGCUGAAGAAAAAAAAUUGGCGGGAAAGAAUCCAUUCCCUCGAAGAAACGCAGAAGUGGCGGACAAUCGUGGAGCGGGAAAGGCUUGAGAGGGAAGCGGACAGGAAGAAAUUUGUGAGGGAACUGAGGGAAGAAAGGGAACGAUUGGAGGCGGAGAAUUCUUUUUUCCGAAAUUUGAUCACGAACUGCGAAGCAGAUACAACAAGUAUGACACCAGCAGGACACAUUCAGACGGAGAUAACGUCAAGCCAAGCACGACCACCCGCAGGAGCCGCAACACCGCUCCCCUCGUCUUGGACAAGUUCGGGCACUUUGAAACACCUGGAGCAGGCGAUGACUGCUGGUGCAGAACAACUACAUGCGGGUCAACACGUCUUUUUUAGCCCGUACGCGAGUUUACCGCCGAUUCAGGAGGAUGACAUGAAUCACUUGAAUCAGCAGGAGCCAGGUAAUAUGGCGGCGACUUUGUCCUCUGGAAAUCUGUCAAACACCGGCGCGGGAGCAGUAGAUCAGAGCAUGAUGUCGCAAAUCUCCGCUGUGGAUUGUAGUAGUGCGAAUUCCUCCGUGAUGUCUACCGACAGCAAUUUUCAACCUGCGGGGGGAAUAAAUGCAAGUAGAACUACUACAGCUGCAGCAGUUAGUAACAGCAAUACCAAGGGCCACCUUGCAGCAGCUUCCAAAAAGCCCCCGCCAGCCCCGCGUGGGCCGCCCCCGGCGAGUGCGAGCAGUUCGAGUGUCAGUCGGAGUAGGGCGUCGUCAAGGACCGGGACUGGUACUGGUGCGGGUACAACUGGGGUAAACAGUAAGCGGGUCACAUCUACUACGUCAUCAAACCCAGGCGCAUCGUCGCUAAACAACAGCAGAACAGGUUCUCCUUCGAAGGUAGUAGUCAAUGUUGCAACUUCGACGCAACAUAAUAGUGGUACACCGCAGCAGUUGCAACAGCAGCGGCCAACGGUCGUCGCGCAACAGCAGCCACAUCUAACGGCGCCAGUCGGUUUAACUAGUGUAGUCCACCGCGCGGCGGGAGCAGGACCACACGUCCCGGUCGUGAUGUCCUCGAGAAAGACCGAUGCUGCUACCACUCAGGUGGAAACUUUACUCCGAGAGGUGAGAAAUGUGUUGAAGCACGUGGUGACAACAGCAAAUACAGGUACAACAAGUGCUUGUUCAACAAGCACAACAGGAACUGCAGAUAAUUCAUCCGGUAGUUCCGGCGCCAAUAAUACAACUUCAACUGUUGUCGACCCCUGCGUGGAGAAGGUUACGACUAUGUACGUGAAUUUGGUGAAGAAGUUCUUCAUCUCUGAGAAGCAAAGAGUGUGGGCGGAGUUGCGGCACGACAGGGUGAGGAAUCAGCUAGCGGAGAAGGCGGUGGGUGGAGUUGUUGCUGGUGUUUCAAGCAGUGCAGCGCAACGUGCUGAAGCAACUGCGCCGAGCUUGCUUCCACCUGUUGUGCAGAUGAAAAACGAGACAGCUAAGGGAACUGCAGCUGUCGCCAUGCCCAUGGGAGAAAAAACUGCAGAAAAUAAACUUUCGUCCGAGCAACUUCUAGAUCCAGCCCCGAACGCCGCCGAUUUCCACGUCGCUAUCAAUGAAUUAGAGAAAUCAUUGGCGGAAAAAUCCAGAGUGUUAGAAGCCUUGAAGCAAAACUCCUUCUUGUUAGAAGCGAAUCUGAGCGACAAGACACUUCAGUUAGAAAUGGAAAGGGAAAAAGCGGAGGGAUUAAACCGCGAGUUGGUAGUUUUAAAAACCGGCAUGAACAAGGAGAUGGAGGAGGCGAAACAGAAGAUGGAAGAAUCUGUGAUGGUGAAGCUUGGGGGGUGGAAAGAAGCGCUUUUGGAAAAAGUGGUGGACUUCGCGAUGAUUAGUGGCAGUGGUCCCCUUGGGAUGAAUAACGCCAACGCGCAAAAUGACCACCGUCACCUCCAAACGUCGAUCCCCGCCAACCCGCGGACAAAAGACACGAUCAGCACCAAAGCGAGUCCCACCGCGGAGUGCUCUCCUGCGGAUCAUACUGGCACCGCGUUGCAGCAUGGUGUAGCUUCUGGAACACAUCAACCUGCCUCUCUUCAGCAAGCCGCGCACGCGUCGCUCUUGCAAAAGCACUGCUGGUCUUUGGAAAUCGCUUUGCAAGAACUGUCCGAGGAGUUGGGGAAGCAGAAAGUAUUGGCGUCCACCGUGUUUCAACAAAACGCACAGUUAAAGGCGGCAAUAGAGAAUACAUCACACGACUCUACUACUGCGAUGGCGCGAGACACCACCGCCAUGAUGGGUACCAACUCUGCCACGACGCUUCUGCAGGAUAAUACCAAACUAACCAAGUCCCUCACACGCCUACUUUCCAACAUCGAAGACCGAUCAACCACUAUCAAAUGUAAAAAUGUCUGGGUCUGGAAACUUGUGAUGCUGCGCGGCGUCUCAUGAUGAGGUCACAAAUGCUGGCUCAGCAUGACAAGUUUCUGAGAUUCUAGGUGUUGCCUAUUCUGCAUGACAAACUUCGUUUCUGCAUCACAGAAAAAUGGAGCUCAUGGGUAACGUGCAUGACAGAUUUAUAGAGUUAUGCUAGACAAGCAUGACAAACAUGCACUCUUCCAGACCCAGACACUCUUACAUUUGAUAACCACUUUCCUCGAGCAGAACAUUUACGAAACCAAUCCGGCCUUGAAAUCGCGGAAGUGCACCGAAUAUCAAAAGAAAAAAGUUCGUCACGAUCACUCAUGGGCAUUUUUGCAAUACAAAAUUGUCUGUCAUGCGUAAAAAUGCAUCACAGCCGCACUUCAUAAGGGAUUUCCCUAGUGUUUCUGCAAUACAAGGAGAAACUGUGAUGCUAAAAGAGUUGUAAUGCAAAACCUGCAAGUUAGUGACUGUGACAAACUUUUUUCUUUCCAUGCCGAACUCACCGCUUUCAACAAAAAGCUGGAGUCGAAAUUGAACGACUUGCAACUGAAACUGGACCAGAAACAGUUGGAAAACACGCAGUUAGAAGCGAUAAUCGAGUCUAAAACCUCGAUUUUGGAGCAAAAGUUGAAGGAUAAAGACUUAGAAGCGAAGCAGGAGUUAGACAUCGCCGAGCAGGAACGGAUAUCCUGUGCAAAAGUAUCGUACUCGAUUAAUUGCAAAUAUGCAUGACAAAUCUUCUUCCUAAGGUAAAACAGCAUUACAAAUUCUGCUUCUCUUCUUGCCAAAAUUUGUAUAUGCGAUUUAUACUAGUACGAUAAUUUUGCAAUGCAUAACGGAGAAGACUAGCAGAGAACUUACAAACCAACGAGCAGAGACUGCAGGAAGCGAACAGAACGAACUCGGAGCAGGAAAAGAUGAUAAGCAACCAGCACGACGAGCAGAAGGUGUUAAGGGAGAAGUUGUUGCAGUUAGAAUUCGAGAAGAAGGAUCUCCAGUCGGAAUUCGAGAUCGAAACGAUGAAGCUGAAUAUCACAGGAAAAAGCUUUUUCACUGUAAACUUGUAAUGCAGAAAAUCUAUGGCAGAAGCGGUUGUGUUGCUACAGAUUGCAGGACAGUUGAUUCUUAGGCGUGUUUUGCCCUAGGAAGCUCGCAUGGCAAGUUUUGUUUGUGAUGUAGAACAAACUUGUGAUGCGAAGCCUGCAAUUUACCUACAGCGAAACAGUUUUUGUGUGGGAUACUGAAGCAGCACAACUGUCGCUCACUCACCGACUUGAAGCAAGGCCAAUCCGAGGUGGUGAAAAAGUUCGAAAACGAGAAAAAUGAGCUGGAACUCCUGAUUACUGAUAUGCGGAAGGAGUUUUUCCAGUUGGAGCAGAAGUGCAGCACGCUGCAGGAUGAAAACGUGAUUUUGCAGAAUUUGGUGACGCAGCUAAAGGAAAGUUCGAGUGGGAGUUCGUCGUCGUCAGUGGAAGUGAACGUCGGGAUGACUAAUGCAAUCGACCGCGAACACAACACUUGGGACCUCUCCUACUCCUCCGCGGGCGGUGGAGCAGAGGGUUCACACGGCGGGGAAAGAACGUUAGACGAACUGCCUUCCAGUCACUUUCUUCGACCCCCGAGCUACCGGCACUACACGCUCGAUAGUACGACGGGAGAUGUUGGGGAGAUGAGUUCAGAAUUUUUUGCAGAAGAUCGACAGAAUUACACCAAGCGGUCCACUAGCGCCGGAGCGUCUUUGAAAAGAGGAAAAACUUCUACAGCAGGGCACAAGAAGGGGAAAAAGAGUAAGACGUCGACGAAAGCGGUAGCUGGUGUUGGCGCAUCAUCUGCAAAUAAACGGAGUCGAUCUUCUGAUCACCAUGUCGCUAGCAUUUCCCGCGCUGGUAGAACUCGCAGCACGAGCAGCAAGCGAGCGAGGUUUGAAGACGACGAAAAUAAUAGUGAUCGCGUCGGGCUUCCAAACUUCCCCAGUGCCCGAUCGCAGCUGGGGCAACAAGAAGGUACCCAAGGGACUGACAAGCACCAGCAUCUCCGCCUCUACACGGCUCGGGACCAUUAUGAGAGUCCACAACUCCCCCUCCUCCUCAAUUGUCAUGCAAAAUUCCAUAUCCACUCUUUGCCUGUUAGCACUGUUUGCAUGACAGAUUCCGGAAUCUAAAACAGCAGUGCAAUCGUCCAGGAAUCUGUCAUACAAAAGCUGCAUUUUUGCCAGCGCUUGUGUUGCUGUUCAUGCAACACAAAUGAGGGUGAGUUGUGCACUGUCAUAACCAUAUGCUCCGCAGCUCGAUUUCCAGAACGAAAACGAGGGAAAACCAGUAUGACCUGCUCAAACGCUACAAUCUCAAGCGUUACAAUAGAGUCUGGAAUUUGUCUUGCAUAUAUGAGCAUGACAGACUCGCAGACCAUUCCACUUUCUGCAAUACAAAUUUCGCCCGAUUGUAGUGCGGUUUGGGACUCCGGAACUUGUCAUGCGCAGUCCUAUGAGACUUCCUUGGCUAGAUCAUGCACUUCUUGCAUCACAGAUUUCCAAAUUCUAUUGUAACGUUUGAGAUCAUUGUAACGUUUGAGCAGGUCAUAACCAGGAAUGCCAAACCGAAGUAACAGGGUUACUUCACCGAGGAGCUGCUGCAACUGGCGCAGCCUAUUUCUCCCCAACGCAUUCCGAUCUAGCACUCGACCAAUACUUGCAGCAAAUCGAGACCGGCGAAUUGUACCUGCAGAACUCCAAGCUUUUCAUCGACCCCGUGGAGCACCAGCAGAUCAUUCUCAAAUUGCAGAAAAGGCUGAAGAAAUUCGAGACAGAGAAAACAGAAAACGAAAAGCAGCACGAGCAGUCCACUAUGGAGAAUGAGAAAGAGCAGCAGGAAUUGUUCUCCCGGUUGGAAACGUUAUUGACCGCGCAGAAGCAGCUGCAGGGGAAAUAUUUCAAAUUGAAGGAUUCGAAGAAACAGUUGCAGGAGAGAGUCGCAGAGUUGGAAGAGAAUGCAAAAUUGAACCAGAUGUUGCUAGAAAACGACAAACAAGAACGGGAAAUGGAAAGAGAAGAAUUGGAAGAGAGAUUGCGUAGGGAAAUCAGCAUGAGAAUCAAUAAUGCUGAUGUUGGAGGAGGUGCUGUCUCUACUGUCAACAACCAGCAUAAAAAUCAGACUUCGUACAACGUCGGAGAAGUAGAUGAAUUUCAUCCCGGGUUCGAACCCAUCCCCCUGAUAACAGAGGGAGAGCAACAGCGACACAGAGGUCAACUACAGGUGCCGACACUCUGUCCCUCGCCCGGCGCGGAGUCGGUGUGCGUGGAUGACGCGAAACGACAGCUGGAGGCGGUUUUAGAGAUCUCGGAUUACAACAUCCAAGACGACGCGGAGAUCGCUGCCGUCGAAGGAGCGCACGGUCCGACCGCUGCAGGCGUGGGAGUGCCGAGCGCAACUCUGUUCGGCGGUUCCGCACACGAUUUGAACGACGCACAACUGGCGUUAGAUGUAGACAUUACAAGCAAAAUGAAGCGUGUAGUUGUCAAGAACACGACCAAGAAGUUAGAAAUCGCUCACCUCCCUCCAGUAUUGCUCGCUCCGGAUCUUCAAGUAGAGAACAAGAAGCCGAUUUCUAAUACAUCUGAUUCCGGGACGCAAGUGGAAGCAAAGAAGCUGCAACUGUCCCUCCGCCCCGCCGGCGACCUUUCUUCCGUGAUCAGUAUUUUCCCAGAUCCAGACUUCGCGCUGAAGCAGAAGGCCAUAGAGGAGUUCGAGUUUGAUAUUUCGGGAAAGAGAACCACGUCGGCCGAACCUGGUUGUACAGCCGCAGGAGAAGGUUUGCAGCAGCUGCCAGGAGCUCCGGAAAGAGCGCAGCAGGGGGGCAAUAUCCAGGUUGUUGGUGUAUCGGACAGUGCACAUCAACAUCACAAAGUACAAGGAGCGACUACAGCUUCUACCGUCCCGCAGCAAGGAGAAAUACUAGCCAUGACGACGAGCAAGAUUACCGCUCAACACAAAGACCCUCCUUCCCUUGCGGAGGUGAAUGGGCUGCUGUACGACGUGCAAUUGGAGAAGAAAAAAUGCGACACGAACAGCACGCUGCGGUUAGAAUUAGAAGCCCUCCGCUACGACCACAGCUGCAAUCUGGACGCACGGAAGCGCUUGGAGCAUGAGAGGGGAGUUUUGCUGCGGGAGCUGGCUUCUGUGCAGGAGGAACGGAGUAAAGUUUUGGCGUCGAUCGGCGCAGGCGACAGCCAGCAUCAGACGGUGGUCACACAGAAACUUGCUAUGCCUGGUGUACAACACCUAGCCGCUGCUGCUGCACCAGCAGGAGGUGCGACCACUGCGCCAGCAUUGGUGGAUAGCACGGAAACGGUGGUCGACAGCCAGCAAGGAGCGACGCUGCCGCACGGUGCAGCAGCUCCAUCCUCUGCGCAUCUAGUACUCUCUGCGCGCGGCGGGGGAACAUCAUCAAAUGUUAAAGUCAUCACCGAGGAGCAAGAGCAAUCCCGGCUCCGCAAGCACAAUGAGGAAUUGAGGCAGUUGCUCGCAUCCUCGCAGUAUCAACUGCAAAGAUGUUUGGGUCUGGAAACUUCUCAUGCUAAUACAUGAAUGACAAACUACUGAAACUGAUUGCAUAUGCGAAGCUGCACAUGACAAGUUUUCCUAGCGAUCCUGUAGUACUACGUCACGCGCAUCAGAAACAACGCUUUUGCAUCACAGAGGAGCAGUGCUAUUCAUCCGCACCAUGCAUUACAGGAUUCAGAAGGAUAGGUGUUCAGCAUUACAAGUCUUGCGAUCUUGCAGACACAGACACAUUUGCAAUGCAUACGCAGAACAGAUUUGAGGAACUGCGGCAGAUUUGCGAAUCGUCCGAGGAAUUGCAGGUGCAAUUGAAAUAUCCUGUCCAAAAGUAUCGUACUCGUAUUGCAGUCAUGCAUUACAAAUCUAUUCCCUAAGGUAAAUCAGCAUUACAAAUUUUCUUUCUCAUGCUGAGGAAAUUUGUAAUGCAUUUAUACGAGUACUACGAUUCUUUUGCCGUUCAUAUGAAAAACGCGGCGAAUCGGGAGAACGUUUUGACCAACCAGUUGGAAAUCGCUUUGAAUGAGCAGACGGUUUUGCGGGAGGAACUACGGUUAAAAUCGGAGGAGAUGAUGGAAUUACGCUACCGGGUUUUGCAUCAAAUGCAAAAACGUCUGGGUCUGGAAGGUUGGAACUUGUGAUGCUAACUUUGGACUCUAAAAAAAUCUGUAUUGCAUGAGCAUGACCAGCAAGAGGAGUCUAGUUCGUGCGACGCGGGGAGGGCAUUUCUCAUGCGGAGUAGGCAUCAGGAAGCCCUCUAGAAAUCUGUGAUGCUAGGUCGUGCAUUACAGACAUCCUAGGUCAUGCAAAACAUGCAUGACAUUGACAAGUCUCAGAAUCUUCCAGACCCAGACAUUUUUGCAUUUGAUAUUUUGGAAUAUGAGGAAGCGUUUUUGGAAGGGAAAAAGAUCGGGUACUUCAACUUCCGGCCGGUGGGGAGGGAGCUGCAGGCUCACAUUAACGGUCGAAAACGUAGCAGGAGUUUGAACGGCGGAACUACGGGGAGUAGUGGCAAGACGAAAAAUGCAAACAACAGCAGCAGUAGAAAACGGAACAGCUCCGGCCCAUCGGCGGUCAGACAAAGAUCCAAUUCCCGGUCUCCUGUCAAAGAACAUCAAAGCAAGCUGCAGCGCACGACCAGGGGAGAGCUACAAGAUCCGGACAGUACGAAUUAUGCGGAGAUGAGCAACAUGCAAAACUCCGCGAAAAAAGCCUCAAAAGCCGCAGCGCAGCACGCUGCGAGCGUAAAGCGUUUGCGGCAGCAAGUUUCUCGGGAGAAAGAGCGCGCGGAUCAACUGAAGCAGAAGAAUGAGCAAUUGCAGUCGGAAAGGGACCUGCUUGCGGAGAGGCAGAAGGAUAUGGCAAACAGUUUGAAACUGGGGAAGGCGGAGUUGGAGUGCAAAAAACAGUUACUGCUAUCGUUGCAGAGCAAAGAACAGAACGGAGCGACCGGCGCGGGAGAAAACACAGCUACUGGUAGCGGACAGGGUCAACAUCCUGCUGACGCGACAGAAGCUGCAUCAAGUGUUCAAUCCCAGCUGAAAGCAGUGGAGGAAAAAUCAGCUAAACUGGAGGAGAAAGUGCAGAAGCAGAUAAAGGAAUUGAAGAACAAGGAGGAGUUGCUUCGGUCUUGGAAGGAAAAGGAAAAGUCCGCAGCGGAAAAAGUUACCGAUCUAGCACGAAAACUUUCCACAGAAGAGGAGAAAUCGAAACGGUUCAAGUCCGAAGUGGACAGGAAGGAGCAAAUGCUGAAAGGGAAGGUGGCGCAGAUGGAAAAGCUCAACGAAGAAGCGGAGCAGGUGAAACAGAAAUUAGCGGAAAAGCAGAAACAAGUCGCGAAACUGCAGGAAGAAGGGGUAAAAUUGAGAAAUCUGCUCACCGCCGCAGUCGAAUCGCCGGGGGGGAUUGAUUCGGAGGUUUUGGUCAGCAGUAAGUUGUUGACCAAAACCUCUUCGUCGCGCGGCGGAGCGACGACUUCGGACCAUCAUCUUCCAGGCCCGGGUGGACAACUUCUACAAGGUACUGUUCUGUCGUCCGCUCGAGGCGUAGCUGGCGGACCGCAGAAUAUGGCGGGAGUUGUGUCGGCGAAGCUGGGCAGCAAAAGUGGUGGGGGCGAUGCUGUUACGGAGGAGAAAAUUAUGCAGACACUGGUGAAAAUGAACUUGGUUGUUCCGAGCAGUGCAUCCAGUCCGGCGGCGACUUCGGGAGCAAUGCCCAUGCCGCAACCGCAAAUGCACACUGGUGCCGCAGGCACGUUUACCACCGCGGCCCCUGAGGCGCCAGCAAGUGCACGCACAGGGAACAACAGUAACGCCUCCUACACAGCGACAGCGCAGAUGACGCAACAACCCGACUCGCAGUCGCAACACGACAUCGAAAUGCGUUCGCCCUCGCGCAGUCUCUCCGCUUCGAGGCGAAGUAGAGUGGUCUUUAACAAUAGCGCUAAGACAACGUCGACGACAACUACAAGUGCCGAACAGCAGCAGAGUCAAGACCAAACUCGUCGGGACCUGUCCCGUAGUCGCAGCCCAGCAACACAGCGAUUGCAGCUUGGAGGUACUCGUGGGCAUCAAAAAAAUCCCAAUGUGUUAUCCGCCCGUAACGAGCGGAGCCGGGCAAGCGCGGCGCAGGAAUUAUUCGCAGAGAUGGAAGUGGAGGAGGACGACGAUGAGCUUAUCCCGGCGAAGGUUGUAGUGCCCGCGUCCGCACGGACGAGACAAGAGGACAAUUACAGUCGGGAGGAAAGCGGGCAGUAUGUGGUCCGAUCGGGAUCUUCGUAUCAGUCCGGGCAAGGAGGUACUUACUUUAUUCUUUCGUCGUGUUCAAUUUACCAUUGUCAUCUCUAUGUCUUGAUGCAGUCGAAGCAAGAACAUCACAGAUGCGUCUGUAGCUGUACGAUGGAUCAUAGUUUUGCUUUUUCCACUUUACAAAUCUGAAUCAUCACUAUGAUUUACCUUUUCGUUUUUGCUAACUCCAGGUCCCCCUUCCACCUCCACCGCCACGACCAAUCACAACACGACUUCCAAUGCUUUGACCAGUUCCCGCCCGGGCCUCCGCCUGGACAACGAAGAUAGCAGUAGGGAACACGAGCAAAAUCCCAUGUUAUCCGAAAGUCACAGCACGGUGAGAUUCAGCAGGGACAACAAUUUCGUGGAAAACAUAAACCUCCGCACCAGUAAUUCUUCUACCUCUCAAAGGCAGAGCCGUGAGUCAAGCUCAAAGGCAAACAACAAGCAAACCAACAGUCGCGAAAACUCGUCCAAGCUGCUCACGGAAUCCGAGGAGCUGUUCGGGAAAUCGUUUAACUUACGGGACUAUCUACAGCAAAAGCAUCGUCCUAGUAGAAAUGGCAUCACAAAGUUGGUCAGCGUGAAGAAUGGAAUUUGAUAUGCUGGUUAGCGUACAAAGAUUGAGCUGUUUUGCGUGACUGUCAUUAUCACGAGUGCAAUAUUUUUGCAAUGCAUAGGGACCGGCUGUCCGACAAAAUGAAAUUGGACGCGGCGGUCUUGGACUCUUUGUCCAUUUUGAAUUUGACACUGGAAGACGUUCCGGCUUUUCUGGGGGGUAGUGGAGGUGGACACGACAAUCGGGGGACGAACGGUAAUUCUGCGAUGAACCACACCGGGUCUUCUUCUAGCUUAGAAUACAGUAGGGACGAGUGAAUUUUACUCAAACAACGGUUAUAUACGAAUCACUUUGAAAGAACUAUCAGACAACUUUUACAGAUGAUAUGACUGGUAGUUGUAGUCAAAUAUUUUCAGAGAAAAGCAAAAAUCGGAAAACUUCAUUAGCCAGGUUUUUUACAGAAUUAACUUUUAGCAAAUUUGAUCGCACCAGAGUGAAUCAGGAUGUUUUAUUGAAUCGAGACUACGCGAGGACUUACUGCUCGCAGCUGAACCACAGGUUUAUUUGAAUCAAAGCUGAUACAGCUAGAGCUACGAAAGCUACUGCUCCUGUUGUGCGAUACAUUUACAAGUGCAAGUUAUAGGUACUGACUUGCUAAUGAUAUAUGAAGUUUAGAAAUAAAAUGCAUGGUUGAAGAUAUGCAGAAGGAAACGCGGUUUUUUAGGUAUGGUCAUGAUGUCUGAUAAUUACGAAUGCACGCGAGCUAUGUGUGCACAGAUUUUUACAAGAAUGUCAGAAGGAUCGAUAAACCGCAAUGUGUGGCCACGG